CAGUACCUGUGAAACAGGAGAAGAUGGAGAGUCUGGAGCACUCAGAAGAACCUAUCCAGGACUCACAACACCCAGAACCAGAGCAGGCCAUAAAGGCGUGUGGGAUGGUUCCCAGUUUAGUUGCUCCACAGAAACAUUUCCUGGAUCCAAAAUGGCUAAAGGCAAAGCUGGCUAAAAGAACCUGCAAACUAGAGGAAAGACGCCUGCAGGUUCAACUACCAGUGGCUGUUAAACAGGAACCAGGAAUUCCAGCAGUUCCCCAACACCCAGAAUGCACCAGCACCCACACAGUUACUGGCAUAGAGAAUGAUGCAUUCUUGGUUUGUGGUCCUUCUGAAAAACCCCUUCAGACUUCAGACCUUGAAGAGUUCAAAUGGGAUGCUGCCUGCAAGAAUUCAGCCCAGAGUCCAAGCCCUUCUGGGCAACCUGUGCUUCUUUCCAAAGACGCAGCACUAGAACAAGCUCCCUUGCGAGAGACUGUUUACCGGCAGAUGACACCUCGUGCCCCUCCCCAAGACCCCCGCUGGGCUGUGCCUGAUAGGGUGGAAAUUCCAGUUGGCGAGAGCCACUUUUCCAAGUUCAUGCUGUCAUUCGUGACCCACAAGCCAGAGCCCCUUCUUGGUCUCAGAGUUGUAGUGGAGUGCCGCAGCUUUAAGCAGCCAACCUUUUACCUGUGUCUGACCUGCGCUGAGAAGGUCAGCAUGAAACACAUCUGUAACCACAUCAUCAGUGACCGCCAUCGGUACCACUACAUUUGCUCCAAGUACCCUGAUCUCAUCCUGGACUGGGAGGACAACCCCACUGGUGUCGCCUGGCGGGUGCAGCGUCACGAGAGGGUCUCUGACGUCCAGGUUAUGAAAUUGGAUCUGAACUUGUAUAAUCAAGUGGCGUCAGUUCCAUUUGGUGCAGCCUUGGAGCUACUGCAGGUGUCCCGGAGAGAACAGAGUUUCCUUCAACCCUUCCUGACUCCAGGACACAGACCAAUCAUUUUGAAUAAUUGGACACUCCCACCUCAGAAGAUCCCAGAAACCCCUAAACAGAAUCCAGACAAGACAGGAUUACCAAAAGCUCCCAUUGAACAGGCUAUUCGACAUCAGGAGUUUUCACUUCAUCCACAACAGUGCCAAACCGUACUUGGUCCACAACAGUGCCUGACCGUGCUUGGUCCAGGACAGGGCCAAACUGUUCAAACUGCGCUUGGUCCAGGACAGGAUCCAAAACUCACAGAAACUGAUGGAGCAUCCCCUCGUUACUCCGUCUGUAUGAGUGAGAAGAGGCGUCUGGGCCCUGGUCUCCCACAGGAAGCGUCUCGGGACCUGGAGGAGACGAGAAGACGGAGAGUCGAUUGCAGAAUGGACACGGUCGAGCACGGGGGAGCUCCGGAAGAACGCGAGCGGGCGGCGGAAAACCCCGACCAGGGCGAAGCGGCUGAGGUGCAGGCGGUGCUGGCCCCGGCGUCGCCGUGGGAACCCUGGCUGAAUCUGAAAGGCACAGAGACAGACAACGAGAAGGUAUGUCGGCCCCCCCUGGACCUGCAGACCUACAUACAGGAUCCUCAGAGGACUCAGCCACUGGUUGGUCUGAGUGCAUUGGUUGAGUGUCACAGUGAAAAGCAGGCGUCAUUCUUCCUGUGCAUGGCCUGCUGCAUCCUCCUGAAAACCCGCUGCAUCGAGCACGUCAUCGGACCCAAGCACCGCAACAGUUACCUGCUGAAAAGGCGCCCAGAUCUCUUCAGGGAGGAGUGCACCUCUCAGGACUCAGCCAAGAGGGCCAGCUAUCUGCUGGAGGUGGCAAAGGAGGUGGAGCGUGAAGAAUGUGGUGGUGUCGGGGACAUCCAGAAAUUGUCGUUUGAUUCUGCAACCUACACAAAAGUGAAAUCUAUGCCAUUUGACAAAGCCCUGAACUUGGUGCAGACGAUCUAUAAAGAACAGAAACACCGUGAUCUUCAAACACACGUGAGCCCAGCAGCGAUACCGGUUAUGGUGAAACAAGAGAAAGUUGAGCAUGAAGAAUGUUCUGGAGAAUCCAUCCAGGACCCGCAGAUCACAGGUUCGGGCCAGUCACAUGACACUCCACAAGAGCCUGUCCAGCGCCAAAAAAGUAGUGGGACAGAAGACUGUCCUGGUGUGGAGAAUCCAACGGGCACAGUGGCAGCUUCUCCUCAGGCGUGUCAGUCAGGUUCCGGGAUGAAGACGCCAUUAAUCGGUCUUCAGGUGGUGAUCAAGUGUGUCAGUGUGGAUGGAUGGCCACCACCUAUCUACCUGUGCCUGGCCUGUUCCACGAAACUGACUGGCAACCCGCAGUCCAUUAUCAAGCACCUGAACAGCAGCCAGCAUCAAUACUUCUACAUUAGAUGCCGUCACCCCAAUCGCUUGGAGAAAGAGAAGGAGGCUGGCAGUCUGACCUGUGGAAUGACAGACCUGAUCCAGUUCGUAGCGAAGAAGCUGGAGAAGGAGGAGGGGAGUGGCAGUUUCCAGGUCAUUAAUCUGGCCCAAAACGACUAUGAAAGAUUCAAGCUAAGAAAUUAUGAAUACUGCAUGAGGACGCUGAAGAGCUGUAACGGUGUGGAGGCGAGACAAUCCUGCGUUAAACCAGGAAAGGGGAACUCUGACCAAAACGCAGCCCCGAGGGGUCCAGGACAGAGUCCACAGAAUUCAGGCCCUCAGUCAGACGCCAGUCGAGAUGGUCCAUCCACCCUUCCUCCUGUGGUGUCUGAAGGUCACCGUCUGGCUGAGAUGAGGACCCAGGAAAGAACCAGUGUGAAACGGCGGCUAAACUGCCUGGAGUCUCCUCCAGCUUUGGCCACCCACCGCCCCUCAGGUCACACAGGCCGUCCCUCUCUUGAACGUAGCCUAAGCCAGCCCCUUGCCCCAAGUCAUCCCGAAUGUGUUCUACAAAGGGCCAGUGAACCCUGGGCGAAGACCCCCGGGGCCCACGCCACUACUGCCUGUCCCAGGAGCAUGUCUGCAGGGAAGGUGCCUCAGUCAGUAUCCGUUUGGGGGAAGAAAUGCCAGGCAAGCUUGAGCACACAGGGCAACCCAACAGAUGACGUCACCACCAGGAGGCUCUCAGACUUUGAUGCUCCCCCAGUGAAAAUCCCAAGGCUGGACUAUGGUGAUUUAAAAGAGGAAAGGCUGUGAUUCUCGGGGUCCCAGCCUCUUACCCCCAAAAACCAGGGUUUACAAUGCUGAGCCUGAAAGAGGGACAAAUAAAGAACAAGGACUCCCCCAACGUCCACCAAAAAGCUGAAGGAAAUAGCAAGAACUCUCAACCGAAUAUAUGGAAGUGGAUUGUGUGUUCAAAGAAGUUUCUGUCAGAAAAAGAACUCUUAUUUUCUAUACUUUAUUUCAACAAUGGAAAUAUUUGUCAAGUGUAGUUUUCCAUUUUUAUAUUUUUUACUGAUACCAUUUGUUAUAAAUGAUUUAUUUUUUGUGAACCACAUCAUAGGGUGAUGUUUCCAGUCUUUUUAAAAUCUUCGAAAGGCAUAGAUUUGGUUUCUGCAUUCUGAGCAGAUGUGAACUUGAGCCACUUAUAUCGAUAUGUUGAAUGUUUUUAUAAAUAAAAAUAAAACCUUGGAAAAGCUUAA